AUGACGGCGGACUUGGCGGACCACGAACUAUCUCCUCGCAAGCGAUCAGGUAGCGCAAGUAGCGGCCACAAACGAAGCGUUUCAAGCUCCCUCCUCUCCAGACUUUCCUUCCUUCGCGUAAGCCAGGCAGCACACACCUCCCUAGACCGACACCACCUAGACAUGGACCACGAUGGCGACGAAGACCUCCACUCCGGUAUUCCGCAGAACACAGGCAAGGGAGGAACCACCAGCAGCCGGGCAAUGUCUGCCGCUCUUGCACAACAUCGAACACGCCGCCGACGUGGCUCCCUCCGAAAAACGGCACUGCUAGGCACCAGGCUCGAAUCGCGUGACAAAAGAGCCACCGCAAAAGCCGCCGAAGCCCUCGAAGCCCUCCGUGCAGAACCCAGCCGACUCCCCGCCGCCGACCUACAAGCGGCUAUACAACCAAAAGAUCAAACCUCUUCUAAUAAUGGAACCACUCAAUACUCGCCGCGCGAGAGUGUGGCCCUUGACGACGACCGCGACGAUACCCAACAGCCGACCUGGUUUCGCGCGGCAAACACCCAGAUACCCACCCGACCCUCAAUAAGUCGCCGACGCCAGGGCCUCGCACAGCAUAAUCUCCAGGAACAAGCCACCGACGACGAGGACCUUGUCUCCUUUCCUACCCUCCACUCGAAUUCAACUCCCACGGCGGCCGGCACGAGCACGAGCCCCAAAAUUAUCUCUGCCGGUUUACACAUCUCCCCACCACCCUCCAGCUCAAAUUCUUUCUAUUCACUCCAACCUCAGCCCGAACCGGCAUACCUACCCGUCCACCGACACAAGUCCUCGCCCCUGGUCACACACCCAGUUGAGAUGAAGAGCAGUCCCGAUGUGGACAUAGACUACUCCGAGACUGAGUGGUGGGGCUGGAUUAUACUGAUUGUGACGUGGUUGGUCUUUGUUGUGGGCAUUGGGAGCUGCUUUGAGGUUUGGAGUUGGGCUUGGGAUGUUGGGGAGACGCCCUAUGCGCCACCUGAGUUGGAGGAUGAUCCUACCUUGCCAAUUGUCGGAUAUUACCCCGCACUUAUUAUUCUUACAGCUGUCAUGUCUUGGGUUUGGGUUGUUGUCGCAUGGGUGGGCAUGAAGUACUUCAAGCAUGCUAACAUAUCCGGGGAGGAUAUUUGA